CCUUCUUCCCCCCCCAGGUUCUCAGUUUUGCUGCCCCAGGUGUGGGGGUCGUUUUCUUCCAGUUGCAAGUGGAAGAAGGGAGCUGGGCACAGGAGCUGGCAACUGGCAGCUUUCAGCAGGAGUCACGAUGCUGCUGACAGUGACCCCCCUGGAAAAUCCAGGACCUCCUUCUCCUGUGCCACCUCCAAUAGCGCCUAAGCCAGGCAAAAACAAUGUACGCCUACAACGCCUCCUGCGGAAAACUGCAAAGAAAAAUGGAGCACAGCCCCUUCCAACACAGUCUCCCAAGACCUUCCGUUCAACUCUUUCUCCAGUCACGGAACGCGAUAUAGAAAGCCCUGAACCUGCCGCUGCACAGAAAAAGCUGCCUCCUCCCCUUACUCUACCUCCUCGUUUUCAGAUCCGUGGAGUCACCCACCGGGUACCAUCUCCUUACCCCAAACAUAACUUCACCUUCACUGUGCCUGAGCAACAGAGUUUGAACCAAUAUCUCAGCCCUAGUCCAACUCCUGACACCCCUUCUCCUCGGCCUUCUGGAUCCAGUACCCAUGACAAUCCUUUUCUAUUUCCUUCAGGAGGUUGCAACUCUGACCAUGGCUCACUAAGAGUCAAUGCCAAUGCCAGUCCGCGACCUUGCACACCAAGACAUGUUACUUUUAAUCCAACACAGAAUACACAGCCAGUAGCACCCCUCAUCUCCAUUUCUGAUCUCCCAGUUAUUAUUGUGGCUGAAACAGAACCUGGACUUGAUAUUCCAAAUGAAGCCGAAAACAUAAGAGAAAAUCAGGACAAUAUAAUUGUCCCAAAUACAGAAAGUGGUCAUUCCACACUCAAUAGUCCACUGCCCGAUCAGCAGAGGCUUACAAGCACAUCCAUCAGUUGUAAUACAGUUUGUUUAGAGGACAACACAGUAACACUGCAGGCUGCAUCUGCAACCUCAGUAGCAAUACAUAAAACAGAGAUAUGUUUGACAGUUGCAGAAACUAGAUCAAACUCAUCAACUCUUCCUUCAAGGCCAACUGAAGUGAAUCAGACAAUCACUGCAGUCCAUAUCCCAGAUGGAGGCCUUCCAUCAGUUGCAGAAGUCAAAACCACAAGUCCUCCUCCCGAAGUUAAAAGUGUACCAAAACCUGUUAAAUCUAAACCAGCAAUCUUAGAAACUGAUGCAUCAACCUCUUCAAAACUUCCUAACUCGGAGGAAGGGAACAUGUUAAAAUCUCCAGAACGGCCAAAACCACCUCGGAAGAAGCCUGGAGGAUGGGCAAGGCUUAUGAAACAUCUCGUAGUUGAGCCUGACGAGCCAAAAUUUCCUGAACCACAAAAGACAGAGGGGAAAAAAGAGAAAAAAGAAGAAGCCAAAGUAGCCGAUACUGAGACUACACAACAAAGCAAAGGGCUUCGUGCCAACAAGAUGUGGGAUGCGCUAUUGUAUCACAUGGCCACAUCCAGCAAGGGGCAAGAGAAACCUGCAUCAGCAGAGGAAUCAACACCACCUGAUGCAGCAUCAGCACCAGCUCCCCCUCAGUUUCCUUUUCUGCGCUUUCGUUUACCUCUCCUUUUGCAUCGGCCUCGAUUUGAUGCAAGAAAACUAAAGGAGGCGGCAGCCCGACCACUGCGCAAAUUCACUGCCUUCUUCCACCGGCGAAUCACAGACAAAUCAACCAGUACAUUCAACAGGACAGCAUCAGGCUGGAGCCUUAAAGGAGAGGAUGUUGAGCAGGAAAAAAUAGAAGGGGAUGCAACAGAAGUAAAAAAAUGAAGAAAUUUAAUUAUCCAUCCAAGCCAUGAAUACACAUGUUCUGUAGGCGUGUAGUGUUCCAUUUGUGCGGUUUACUCCCUACGUGGCAUAUUAUACCUAUAUAAGAACAUAUCUAAUCAUGUAUUGAUGUGCUGUGUCCAAAUAUUAAAGGGUCGCUGAACAUAAGCAACAA